AUGUCCACUACGCUUUGCUCUUCGGUCGAGGUAAGUCUGUUUUUUAUAAACUUCUUUUGAGCUUCUAACUUAUUAACUAAGAGUGAAAUCCUUGUUUCGAAGCUAUAAGAUACAUAUCGAUUGACAAAUGUAUAGUUUCAGUCAAUUUAUGGCUAGAUUUCCAAUGAAAAAUUCAUUGGUUACUGUAACGACCUCACCUUUUUUGCACUCAUUAAUCGUGUCACUUUUCUUGAAAUUUUCAUUUCUUUCCAAAUUUUCAACUGAUAGGACAUUUCGAUUAUUUUUUUUACUAUCGGUUAAAACAAGUCUACAGAUAUAUUUUUUUUAUUUAGAUAAAAUCGAAAAAUUUCCUUGAUGAAGUUUUAAAUUUAUAAAUUUUCAAUGUUUAUUUGCGAUAGAUAGCUUGUUUUACGAGAAGAUAUGGCUGAAUUCUUAAACUUUUAUAAUUCUUUUCAGGCUCUACGCAAUGCUAGAGUUACAUACAUUGAGGGAAAAAAACUUCCAAUUUUGUGAAUUUUUGAAAAAUUUUCAUACCUUAAAAAACCGCGUUUUAAAAUAGUUUUUUCGAUCUAAUAUUUUAUUUUUCUCACCAAAUCCCACAUUUCCUCCAAUAAUUAUAGUAAGAAGAAGGGAAAAAACUUGAAAAUUUGUGUGAUCUGCGAGGUUUUCGCAUGACACUUUAAUAUUUAAUGCGUCUCUCAGAAGUUGUGCGAAUAACAUAACAUAUUUUUUCGAGUUCUCGUCAUAAAAAAUGUUAUAAAAUCGUAUAGACCGUUUUUUGGGUUCCCUUGAUAACUAGAAACAGAGGCAAUAAAUUUGCAACUCUUUUUUUUUCUGUUCGCUUUACACUUCUGACUACGCUUGAGGUCCCACUUUUUUAUUUCUUUUUUUUUUGUAUUACACUUUUCGCUUGACAGCUUCAUUAAACGCGGAGUACGUUGUUGCAGAAAUUAAGAGCAAUUGAGGGAAAAAUAUUAGUUUGAAGGUUACUAAAGUGUUCUUGAUGGAAAUAUGUAUAUUCCUGGAUAAGUUUUGUGAAUAUUGAAGCUCCAUUACAAAUUAUUUUUUUGAAACAAAAAAAUAAAAAAAGUCUGGAAUUUAUAAAAAGAAAAAAAGUUAGUAGAGUAAUAAACAGAUAUUACUUUGAACAGAAAUGUCAAAUUCAAAAGAAAACUUUGGCGUUCACUUGUCAUUUCUUGCAGGAAAUGCGAAAAACCUGUGCUCGGCACCAAGAUUUGAGGGAACAGUUCAACGCCUGCCUUCACGAUCUCAAACAGGUAAUUUCAAAUAAAAAAAGAGAGUUUUAAUAAGUUGCAUGUAAGUCUCUGAACUGGGUCUCUUUCAAUUAGGGGGUUUUUCCACGAGAUUCUCAAUAUUUAAUAAUAUUUCCUCGUUUUUUGUAUUUCUGUGUUCAAUAAUUUUCCCUGAGAAAUAAAUAAAGGUGAGGGAGAAAUUUCUGGCGAGAUUAUUGUAGUUUAAAAAAAAUUCCUUCGAUCACAAUUUGAAUGACGUCAGGUCUAAAUUUGAUGGAUUAGGCAAAUUUCGCAUUUCGUGUUCAGUUUAUCGGCCAAAACAGGAAAGAAAAAUCGAUCUUUGACUUUUCCAAAUAUAAUAAUAUUUUCUAAGUUGUAUAAAAUUCAGGUUAACGAUCAGUUUUCGGAUUCUUUUUUUUUUCAAAUUAAGAUACCUUCAACAACGCGUGAAGAGGAAAAAUUCAGUUAAAAAAAGUUCAGAAAAAUUAAUUAGUAAUAAAAAAAGGAAUUUUAAGAUUUCUGCACAAAGCGAAGCCAAAAAAAUCAACCAAUUAUUUUUUUAAUUAAAAAAAUCGCUCAGUUAUUGCUCCGAUUUAAUGGAAAUCACUUUGAAGGUUAAAAAAAAGUGGGAUUCUGGUGCUUCAAAAAGUGUUUUUAAGGUGAUAAAAAGUCCUUCUCACUAGCAUUUUUUUCUUGUAUUGAUCAUUUUUAAGAAACUUCCUUUGCAGUGAAAAUUGAAAAAAGAAUUUUUCGUCUUGUAGGAUUUUCAAACAUUUUUUUUUUCAAUGAGAAUCUACAAAGGAAAAUAUAACGAAAAUUGUGUCAUUGAGAAAAAUUCGAACGAAGAUCGAUCAGCCACAGAUUACUGUUUCAGAACGAAGCCCAGUUGGAGAUCCUGCGAGAGACGGCCGUGCAGCUGGAGGAGCGCCACACGGGGAUCCGUCGUCUUCUCGAGUCGGGUCCGUCUUUUCCUCCAUUCUUGCCGCUUUUCGGGCGACGCGCCAUUCCAACUUGACAAGCCUCGGGGUCAAAAUGUAACAACUUCCCUAUGGGAAAAGUCGCCCCGCCGUUUGGAAGUUAUGAGGUCGUUACAGUAGUUUCACGCGCAGUUCUAGUUUAAUCUUUUUUAACUUUGAAAAAAAAAGAAGCUUUUGAAAGUUUUGUAAAAACAAUCGGAAAAGCACCGAAAUCUGUGAAUUUUUUUUACAGCUCCAAAACUUUGAGCUAUUUAAUGGAGAAGCGUAAAGAUGAGAAAUUGAAAAUGGGAAAUUUCGAAACACUGGGAAUAUUCGAUGAAGAAAACAACUUUUUCCGAAUAAUUUUGAAGUUUGAAUUUUAUUUUUCCAACGUGAAAUUUCCGAGGUUGACCAAUUUUAAGUUCCUUUUUAUCAUCGAACUACUAUUUCUGCACACGACUGGUUGAUUUUUUAAUCUCAGAUUCAAUUUCUUGUAUCUCAAGGCAUUGGGAAAUGAAAGGGAAGGUGACUUGACCGUUUCAAAUUUAUUAUUUGUGAAAAAUCAUGAAGUCCCUCGAAUAAUUUUUGAAGUUUAUGCAGGGUUUUUCAGCUAAAAAGCGAUUUUUCACAAUAUUUUUAAUUUCAAUCAUAGAUUUUUUUGAAAAAUUGUUUCAUCUAAAUGUUUUAAGCUUCUUUUCUCUUAUUUUUUUCUGAACUUUGACCGGUGAAUCAUUUUUCAAAGGUGAUCAGAUUCUCUUUCCAAUUAUUUCUAAAGGAAACUGAAAAUCAACUUCUUGUGGUCGAAAAAGUUAAUUUGCUAAAAUGGCGGGAUUCCGCUAGGAAAUUAUCUUCCAAUAAAUUAUUAUAAGGUGAAACUCUCACCUCGGUAACACAAAUUGGACGCGCCCCGGACAUUUCUGAGCAUUUCUAGUGGUCCCUUAAGCGGCGGCAGCAGUCUUACGAUUAGAAAUCCCCGGUAAUGUCCGGUUACCGAUCUCUGAGAGAACAGAAUUUUUUCUAACUGGUAAUAAGAAACGGCGCUCUUCUUCUUUUUGAAAAUUAGGCUCUCUGCCAACUCCUUCUCCAAGGCUAUAAGAGUUUUUUGCUUGCUCAUGAACGAUAUUGAUAACUUCUCUUUCCCGCUUCAGCUCCGACAGAAGAAAGUCUGCAGCUGGAGCAAGAAAUCGACGGCGUCGGUCGACAGGUUCGCGUCUGGAUGACCGAACUUCACGAGGUUCACGACCGUCGCGUCGAGAUCGAUGUUCGUUUUUUUAAAAAAUAAAUUCAGAAACUGAUAAAAUCAAAAAAGAAUCUUUUCCAGUGCCGCCUUCUGAGACUGAACUCCGAGCUGAAGAAAAACGCGACCUGCGUCAAGCUCGCCAACAUUGACGCCGAACUUUUGCAGUCCCGUCAUGAGAGAAGGUUCUUAUUCCUACAUAUAUUCGACUUACACGGAAAGUCAAGAAGAUCUCUCAUAGCCGUUACCUUCGCGCAAACUUCUAGUAUUUUAGAUAUUAUAUUUUAUAGCUCGCGUUUAACGCAGAGUUAGACCCCGCAAGGAGGUCAUUUUUCUUUGCGACUUGGAAAUUUCUACAAAUUUGCUCGAACAAUCUCUGAAGGUUUACAUAAAGGUCCAUUAAACAUGCGAUCCGCAAAAACUUCUACUUUUCCAGGUAUUGAUUUUUGUAGUUCGAAAAGUUAGCCUUAAAAUUGAUAUUUCGCAACUUAGAAAAAUCAUAUCUCAAAAACUAUAAGUUUUCGCAGGUAGCGACUAUGAGGGACCAUCAUCUAGCCAAUCAUGGAGCGAUUGAGCGAAUUUGUAGGAAAUUCCAAACCGCAAAGUGAAAUGACCUUCCUUGUUAGUUCAAAAUUUGAAAAUGAAUCAAUUUCAACUUGAUUUCCUUGGAAAAAGAAAUCGGCUUUCAGAUGGAAAAGCUUCCUGCAGGACACCAAACUGAGCUCCUCGAAACUGAGUUCCUGA